UCCCCAUCGCCACUGGGACGGUUUACGCUCACGCGGGAGAGGUCCGCGUUCGACGCGCACGGAGCGCACAGCGGAGUGGAUGUUCGGGGCUAUUUCUCAUAUAAAGUCCGAGGAGCACAGACUGCUCGGCUCUGAACUCAUCUCCCAGGAGACAGAGACGCGAUCAGCAGCAAAGUUUACGGCUGAAAGUCGCGCAGUUAAGUGCGGCCAGAGGAACCUGGCCGCCGAACAGCUGGAACGCUGGGAACGGAGACUCACUUUGCCUUUUCGCUUUUUGUUGCCAGAAGAACAUCUACAUUAUACUCUUUUGGAACAUCUAACUUCCACAUCUGUGGGAAUUGACGCGUCCCCGGCCUCUCAUAUUUGUACGGAAUGCAAUCGUAAUUGCCAAGAGAGGCCGUUUAAAGACUGCGCGUCGACGCGGAGGAUCCGUGCUUAGAAAUAAACGUUGAAAUCGCCGUGUGCUUGUGACACUGACCUACUUUAUCGGUGGCAGCAGUAAAAACGCGCAGAAGGCUGGGAUUCGCUUUUGAUCUUGAUCAGAUCUUAUAUCACACAUAUUAUAACAAUAAAUGUUGUUUUUUAUGUAUAACACUUGUUUUUUUUUUAAUUUCUAAAUUACCUGCUUAGAUAAAAGUUCACCCGCCAGGCGCGCGCCCUGCGGUGUUCGCUGCUUAUUUGUUUAGGGCGUGGGGCGGCUACAGUAAUCUUCUCUGUUCUCCUUUUUUUUUAAAGUUCAAUACCACCGCCAGACGCGCGCCGGAGUUAAUUUAGCCGCGGGUCGGAGAGGGUCGAGGCGCAGUCGAUCACUCCCGUGGAGGCGAUGCCCUUUUGCGGACGGGUCCGUUGUCGCACAGAGCACAGCCUCAUUCACAGCCGGGGACACAAAGAGGCGAGCUGCAUUUUUAAACGGCUCCAUUCUUCCCCCGCUGCAUCUGGGUGUUGACUGUGGGAGUUUGAAAGGAUCUUUGUUGGCCGGAGCGAAGCGAAGACGGAGAAUACGCCCCGUACCCGGGCCGGGGGAGGUUUUAUGGACGGGGUUACCACAGUGCGGCCGAUGCUGCGAGGCGCCGCACCUCCGCCCGCCUGCGUGGGGUUCCGUGUUUUGGAUGAGCGGCGGAACUUUUCCACGCGCUGAAGGUGCGCGUCGCGGCUCCGCGGGACACACUCGGAAUGAACUUUCUCGGCCAGGAAGCUGCGGAUUGAGCCGUGUACUGCUGUGGAUCUUUGUCUGAAGGAUGCCCGUGGACGGAUUCGCAAACAUGGAGGAGAAACUGUGGAUAUUGGAGGAUUUGAACAUGAUGUAUAUUCGUCAGAUUGCGCUGAGUUUACAGGACAGCGACAUCCAGAAGAAGAUCGACCACGAGAUCCGCAUGCGCGAUGGGGCCUGCAAGCUGCUGGCGGCCUGCUCCCAGAAGGACCAGGCGCUGGAGGCCGCCAAGAGCCUGCAGACCUGCAGCACGCGCAUCAUGGCCUACAUGUCGGAGCUGCAGAGGAUGAAGGAGGCGCAGGUCAUGCAGAAGGUCACGCGGAGGUCGUCGGACGCGGGGCCCAUGGACGACCGGCUCCCGUGCAAAGGGAAAGUGGCCAUCUCAGAUCUUCGGAUCCCUCUCAUGUGGAAAGACACGGAGUACUUCAAGAACAAAGGAGAGCUCCACCGGUGCGCCGUCUUCUGCCUGCUGCAGCUGGGGGGGGAGAUCUUCGACACGGAGAUGGUGAUCGUGGACCGGACGCUCACGGACAUCUGCUUCGACAGCGCCAUCGUGUUCGACGAGGCCGGCCCGGAUUUCCAGAUGCGCGUGGAGCUGUACAGCUGCUGCUCCGAGGACGAGUACUCGGCGGGGGGGAGCGCGCCCAGGAAGCUGGCCAGCAAGCUGAGCUCCUCCCUGGGCCGAUCGGCCGGGAAGAAGUUCCGCGCCGCCAUGGAGCCGGGCCCGUGCGGCCCCGUCAGCAACGGGGGGGCGUCGCCGCUCCUGCUGCCGGUUCCCUCCGUCCCGGGCCCCAAGUACCACCUCCUAGCUCACACCACGCUGUCGCUGCCUCACGUCCAGGACGGCUUCCGCACGCACGACCUCACCAUCUCGGGCAACGAGGAGUGCUCGUACUGGCUGCCGCUCUACGGCAGCAUGUGCUGCCGCCUCGCGGCCCAGCCUCACUGCAUGACCCAGCAGAUGAUGAGCGGAGGCCUCAAAGUGAAGCAGUGUGCAGGUGACCCCCAGAGCUGGACCACAGUGAACGCAGUGCUCAAAGGCACCAGCCUGUUCUGCUACCACCGGCCCGAAGACGUGGAGGCCAACGUUCAACCGGCUUUCACCAUUGCCGUCAACAAGGAGACCAGGAUACGGGCGUCAGAGAAAGACCCCCACAGUAAAGCCCAGAACAUCUGCAUCAGCAACCAGUACGGCGGCGAGGAGGUCACGCACACGCUGACCACCGACGGCCGCGAGGACACGCACCGCUGGAUGGAGGCCUUCUGGCAGCAUUUCUACGACAUGAGCCAGUGGAAGCAGUGCUGCGAUGCCGUGAUGAAAAUUGAGGUGCCGUCGCCAAGGAAACCGGCUCCGGUCACACCAAAACAGGGCUCCCUCUACCACGAAAUGGUUAUUGAGUCAUCUGAUGUCCUCACCGUGUCAGACAUCAUGGCUCGGAGGAUGCAGGAGCUGGAGCUCCGCAGCCGCCUGGCCUCCUCCUCUCCCCCCUGGAUGUCUGUGUUUGAGGAGAACACCCCCAAAGGCGCUGGCCGCCCUCCCCCCUGUGCUUCUCGCCUGUCCCCUCACCGGCCGCCCCAGAGCCCCGCGAGCCCCCGCGGGCGCCCGCGGCCGGGCCUGCUGUCCUCGGACGCGAGCCUGACGUCGGACAGCGACAGCCACUGCAGCACCAGCCCCUGCUCCCGGCGCCACGGCUGGCCCGAGCCGGGCCCCGGCCCCUCCCCGUUCCCGCCCUCGCCCUCGCGCCCGAGGCCGCGCACGCUGUCGCUGGACGCCAAGCUCAGCACCCUCCGCGGCAGGGGGUACGGGGCGGGGUCGGCCUUCCAGUGCUCCUGCCGGCACCCCCCCCCCUCGCUGCUCGGCCCCCCGCCCGUCUCCUCUCGCUCGCCCCGCUUGCCGCAGCGCAGCAAGCAGGCCACGCUCUCCUGCUCCAGCUCCACCUCCAGCAACAGCUCCAGCAACAGCGAGGGCAGCCAGAGUCCGGAGUCAUGCGAGGGAGCGCCCUUCUCCAGACCCUCGCCGGCUCGACGCAGCCUCAGGAACCUCAGGGCCAGGCUUGACCCGCGCAACUGGCUCCAAAGUCAGGUGUGAACGUGUUUCCUGGCAGUUCCUUUACACUGAGCUAAAGGCGCCCGUGCUUAUUAAACCAUUAUUUAACACGCGUGAAUCGACCUCAGGCCGAGCCCCGAGAAGGAUAAGCUGCAUCCGGCCUGUCUCCGGAUGGUGGAUGGACCAUGAAAGACCCUCCUGGGGCCAAACUGGAAAGACUGGUGACAAUCGCUGCAGAUGACUGCACUUUAAUGGGUCUCCAUUUUGAGGAUGGUCAAAAAUGAAUGGGGGGGCGCGCUGCUUGCUUUGAGAAAUGACAGUGAUGCUGCUUGGGAGAAACUGACGCUAAGGGCAAAAAGACUCGGCGUGCUCUCUGUCUUCUGAAACUGGAUUUGUUUUGUUCUCUCUAUCAGCCAUGGUGUCACGUGAUCUUAGUGCACUAGCGGGAUGUCGACUGGGCGUAAACGUCUGCAUUGAGCAUGUGGCAGGAUGAACAUCAGGUGGAAUCCGUGGAGGCCUGCUUGCCUCUAAUGUCACAUCUUGUUCUGUGUUCACACACAUUCAAUCAUCUUUGUCACUUUGCUAAAUUGACCUAUGCACCAUUAUUUAAUUUGUUUUUGCAUGUUUUGGUUUUUAACAACUUGGUAUCAUUUCAUCAACAUUAAUCUGGCGAACGCUUGCGUCAUUCAAGUGCUUGUACUUACUGCACUGGUUAUUACUGUGAUCUCUUCAGGGUAAGACUCUGCUCCGGUCGUUGCGUUUUCCACUACGAUUUGCACGCUGUGCGCCCAACGGGCUUUUAGAGCCUCUAUACGUUACAGCACGCUAGAAUGAUUGGAAACCCAAGCCAUAAUUAUGAUUCUGCUGCGCUGCCUCGUUGCAGGAUUGGAGGAGCUCCAGCGAAAUGUGAAACGUCCAUGAAUCUGAUAAUAUGCAACACAAAUUUAUCUCUGAUCUUUUAUGGUGUGUGUAUGUGGGAAAACGUCCUGUGAAAAUGUACCUACAGGCAUUUUUAGUCAGCUGAUAGGAGCAAAAUUAAACGAGCUGCCACUUUUUUUUUUAAUUAGGAUUUUAUUUAGACAACUCAGCAGUUACUCAGAAGGGCUGAAUUAAAUGGUGUAGGAGAGUCGGCAUCUCUGUGUCUGUUUUCUGUGGACCUUUGUAACAGUUUCCCUCUUGGAUCUCAGAACCCGGGCGACCAUUUUUACUAAGCUUCAAUACUGUCCGAUGCUUGAAAAAUAGCAUUUCAUAAUGUAAAUUAUUGUUUAUAUGUAAGUUAACACAUAAACCUCCUUUCUUUUUGUUACCUUAUUGACUUUUUGUUAUAAAUGCAGCUAUAUUGAUACCUGAUUAUCAUAAUGUUAACAGAUAAUGUGCAGAUUGUUUAUUUGUAAUGAAAGCAUAACAUUGAAUGUUAUAACCGUGAAAGAGUUUCCCUUGUUAGCAGGCUGUGUAUGCUGCAUGUAUCCCAUCCUAGAAGGCAAGCAUAAAAUAAGAAAUGUGGAAAUCGGCAAAUAAUUUAAUAAUAAUAAAUGUUUUAUCAAUUCACA